CGACAAGAGCCUCCAGUCCACAUCUCAAACAUUCAUUCUGCUCCAUUGCUCUCCAUCUCCCACAACCCAUAUUGUAGCUCAACUCAAAUCCCAUACAGAGAGAGCUACCUAUCUGUUGUUCUGUGCUUGAAUCCGCUGAUAUCUGACCCAUACCACAUCCCCGAAUAUGCCGCCAUCGAAGGAUGAAGAGAAGCCUCAAGCGGCCGACAAGGGCAAAGGCAAGGUCGAGGAAGGCAAGGACACUCAACCUGGAGUUGAGGCGGAGAAAGAUACCAAGGACAAAGAUGAUCUCAAUCUGCCAGCCGAGGAGCUGAGUGAGGAAGACCAGAAGCUCAAAGAGGAGCUGGAGAUGCUUGUGGAAAGAAUACAGGAAUCUGACACGAGCCUAUACAUACCGGCUGUGGACGCCAUCAAGAACUUCAUCAAGACCUCAACAUCAUCCAUGACCGCCGUACCAAAACCCCUAAAGUUCCUCCGACCGCACUAUGAGAGCUUGGAAAAGGCGUAUGAAGGUUGGGCGGACGGAGAAGCCAAAUCAUCCCUGGCGGACAUGCUCUCAGUAUUGGGAAUGACCCAUACAGACGAGGAUAGGCGAGAGACCUUGAAAUACCGGUUACUUUGUCCAUCAAAAGAUCUGGGUUCCUGGGGACACGAAUACAUGCGACAUCUUGCGCUGGAAAUCGGGCAGGAAUACCAAAGCAGACUGAACGAGGAACAGGCAACGGAGGAUUUGACGGACCUUGCGUUGACUUUGGUUCCAUUCUGUCUCAAGCACAAUGCAGAGGCAGAUGCUGUGGACAUCCUCAGCGAUAUGGAGAUGAUUGAACAGAUCACACAGUACUUGGACAAGGAUACCUAUUCGAGAGUAUGCCUCUACAUGGUCAGCAUGGUUCCAUUACUUACGUAUCCGGACAACGAUCGAUUCUUGAGAACGGCAUACUCGAUUUACCGGGAGUACAAACAAUUCACGCAAGCCAUUGUACUCGCAAUCCGCCUCAACGACCGCAACCUCAUCGAAGAAGCAUUCAACUCGACACAAGACCGGUCGAUUCGACGACAAAUGGCCUUCUUGGUUGCCAGACAACGGAUUCAAUUGGAUCUUCCAGAGGGUGAGGACGAUGAUCCGGAGCUAGCUGACUGUUUGAACAACACGAAGCUACCGGAACAUUUCAAGGCUCUCGGGAAAGAACUCAACAUCCUUGACCCCAAGACUCCCGACGAUAUCUACAAAACGCAUCUUGAGAGCUCAAGGACAGCAGGCUUGACUAAUACGGACUCGGCGAGACAUAACCUGGCUGGUGCCUUUGUGAAUGCGUUUGUCAAUGCUGGAUUUGGAGAAGACAAGCUGCUUCUCGGACAAGAUAGCAAGACGAACUGGGUUUACAAGACUAAAGAUGAGGGCAUGAUGUCCACAGCGGCCUCUAUGGGCCUACUGAUGCAAUGGGAUGUUGAGACUGGCCUGGACAAGAUCGACCCGUACACAUAUGUUCCCGAGGACUAUGUCAAAGCCGGUUCUGCUCUUGCUACCGGCAUCAUCAACUCCGGUGUGCGAAUGGAGUCCGACCCUGCUAUUGCCCUUCUCAACGAGAAUGCCGUGAGUUCCAAGAACGUCAACAUCCGCGUGGCCUCCAUCAUGGGGCUUGGACUCGCAUACGCAGGAUCGAACAAGCAAGAGCUUCUCGACAUUCUGCUCCCUCAAAUCACCGACACCGAUUGCGACAUGCAAAUCUCCGCCAUGACCGCCCUUGCUCUGGGUCUCGUCUUCGUCGGAUCUGCACAGAGCGACAUCAGUGAAGCCAUCAUUCAGACGUUCCUUGACGAUGACAGGCAGCCUCAACUCAAGGACAAGUGGACACGGUUCAUGGCCCUGGGACUUGCGCUUCUCUAUUUUGGUCAGCAGGAGGAGGUCGAUGUCAUUCUCGAGACCCUCAAGGCUAUUGACCAUCCGAUGUCGAAGCCAAGCUCGGUGUUGGCGGAAGUCUGUGCCUGGGCCGGCACCGGAGCGGUAUUGAAGUUGCAGCAGCUUCUGCACAUCUGCAAUGAGCCCAUCGAAGACGAGAGCGAAGAAAAGAAGGGCGAUGAGCUUCUCCAGGCGUAUGCCGUCAUCGGUCUCUCGCUUGUUGCCAUGGGCGAAGACAUUGGCCAGGAUAUGGUCUUGCGCCAAUUCGCGCAUCUCAUGCAUUACGGCGAAGCCAAUAUCCGCAAAGCCGUGCCCCUUGCUAUGGGUCUCAUCAGCCCCAGCAACCCGCAGAUGAAGGUCUACGAUACACUUUCUCGAUACAGCCACGACAAUGACAACGACGUCGCGAUCAACGCCAUCUUCGCCAUGGGCCUGUCGGGCGCCGGAACCAACAACGCUCGCCUCGCCCAACUCCUCCGCCAGCUAGCCAGCUACUACCACCGCGAUGCCAACGCGCUAUUCAUGGUCCGCAUCGCCCAGGGACUGGUGCACAUGGGCAAGGGCACCCUCUCCGUGAGCCCGUUCCACACAGACCGCCAAGUCCUCUCCCGCGUCGGCGCCGCCAGCCUGCUCACCGUGCUCGUCUCGCUCAUCGACGCGAAGCAGUUCAUCCUCGCCGACUCGCAUUGGCUGCUGUACUUCCUUGUCGCCGCCAUCCAUCCGCGCUUCUUGAUCACCCUCGACGAGGAGCUGAAGCCGGUGACCGUCAACGUGCGCGUGGGCCAGGCGGUAGAUAUCGUGGGGCAGGCUGGGCGACCGAAGACGAUCACCGGAUGGCAGACACAGAGCACGCCGGUGCUGCUGGCCUAUGGUGAGCGGGCGGAGUUGGAGGAUGAGCAGUAUAUCAAUCUCAGCAGUACGCUGGAGAACGUGGUCAUUCUACGAAAGAACCCCGAGUGGCAGGAGUAGUGAACGAAAGGAAGGCUCGCUUUCCUUCUAUUUCGGCUUAUCGUUAGAAUAGACGAUUUGUAGCAUUGGAACUCCGGCGUUGUCGAUAGUUGAUAUACCACGCUGCACCUUACAAUAAUCGAGCGCUUUCUUCACCAAAAAAAUCUCUCCUGUGUCGUCCGCGCCGUGGUCCAAUUCCGUUGAGGUAGUUGUAAUAAUUCUAUGGCACAUCUAUCAAUGGCUGUCCUUUCUGGCAAUACUGAACGAUAACGUCGACCAAUUUCUUCAGGGCUUCUUUUUGGACGAAGACAUCCGCGUGAUCGAAAUGGUCGAACCAGACUACCUCCAGCCCACUCCCGGUCAGAUAGGUGUUUCUCCAGUCCGUAUUUUUGUCUCGCGCCAGGUAUUUCCCGACCGCGGGAGCAUUCACGAUGAUAUCCUC